UAAAGACUGCAGAGUUAGAAAGCGGGGAGGGGGCUGUCCGCUGUUGUGGUGGAGGGGAAACGCACCCCGAACCGUAGCAGUUGUGGCGAAUCCAGUGUAAAGUCCCCUUCGCAGCUGCUCCUACCUGCACGGUCUCCCCACCCGCCGUCAUCACUCAGCCAGCAGUUAAACAGCUGUGCAGCCAGCCCUUCUCAUUCUGCCUGCGCCCCAACAGCGAUAGUAGCAACAGCGGUGGCAGCCGGAGCCAGGCAGGGCUGUUGCAGCCGCGCAGAUCGCCCGCCUCUCCACACACACACACACACACACACACACACACACACACACACACGCCCGCUCAGACUUCCCAUCUCCACGCGUCUCCAUGCAAAUCAAGGACUCCGAGAGGUGAAAGCGGAGCUGUAGUUGUGGACAACAGGGCUUUAACACAUUAUUGAAACUGCAAACAUCCACAGCAGUUCCAUGUGGACAAAUCACAUAUUUUGAAAGCUGGAAGUAUCACAUCAUGAGGUAUACCAUGUGGAAUCUUUGAAGCACACAAUUCUGCCCAGCACCCAUACAAAGAAUCCCCCGCCUGGUAUGUAAGAGAAAUCCUUGCAUCCACCAUGACAAACCAGGAAAAAUGGGCCCACCUCAGCCCCUCAGAAUUUUCACAACUUCAGAAAUAUGCCGAGUAUUCUACAAAGAAAUUAAAGGAUGUUCUUGAAGAAUUCCAUGGUAAUGGCGUGCUUGCAAAGUAUAAUCCUGAAGGGAAACAAGACAUUCUUAACCAAACAAUAGAUUUCGAAGGUUUCAAGCUAUUCAUGAAGACGUUCCUGGAAGCCGAGCUUCCCGAUGAAUUCACUGAACACCUUUUCCUGUCAUUCAGCAACAAGUUUCCUCGUUCCAGUCCAAUGGUAAAAAGUAAGCCUGCUCUCCUUUCAGGUGGUCUGAAAAUGAAUAAAGGUGCCAUCACCCCUCCCCGAACUUCCCCCGCCAACUCGUGCUCCCCGGACGUGAUCCACCUGAAGGACAUCGUGUGCUACCUGUCCCUGCUGGAAAGAGGAAGACCCGAGGAUAAGCUUGAGUUUAUGUUUCGCCUUUAUGACACAGAUGGGAAUGGCUUCCUGGACAGCUCGGAGCUGGAAAAUAUCAUCAGUCAGAUGAUGCAUGUCGCAGAGUACCUUGAAUGGGAUGUCACCGAGCUUAACCCAAUCCUUCAUGAAAUGAUGGAAGAAAUCGAUUAUGAUCAUGACGGAACGGUGUCUUUGGAGGAAUGGAUUCAAGGAGGAAUGACCACAAUCCCACUUCUUGUACUUUUGGGCUUAGAAAAUAAUGUGAAGGAUGACGGACAGCAUGUGUGGCGACUCAAGCACUUUAACAAACCUGCCUACUGCAAUCUCUGCCUGAACAUGUUGAUUGGCGUGGGGAAACAAGGCCUCUGCUGCUCCUUCUGCAAGUACACAGUCCACGAGCGAUGUGUGGCUAGAGCACCUCCCUCUUGCAUCAAGACCUACGUGAAGUCCAAAAAGAACACGGACGUCAUGCACCAUUACUGGGUUGAAGGCAACUGCCCAACCAAGUGUGACAAGUGCCACAAAACAGUAAAAUGUUACCAGGGCCUGACAGGACUGCAUUGUGUUUGGUGCCAGAUCACACUGCACAAUAAAUGUGCUUCUCAUCUGAAACCUGAAUGUGACUGUGGACCCCUGAAGGACCAUAUUUUACCGCCCACAGCCAUCUGUCCAGUGGUACUGCAGAAUCUGCCCACUUCAGGAGUUUCGGUUCCUGAGGAAAGACAGACAACGGUGAAGAAGGAGAAGGGUGCCUCACAGCAGCAGGCGAACAAAGUGACCAGCAGGAACUCCAUGCAGAGAGCCAACUCGGUGACCGUGGAUGGACAAGGCCUGCAGAUCACUCCUGUUCCUGGUACUCAUCCACUGUUAGUUUUUGUGAACCCCAAAAGUGGUGGGAAGCAAGGAGAAAGAAUUUACAGAAAAUUCCAGUAUCUACUAAAUCCUCGUCAGGUUUAUAGUCUUGCUGGAAGUGGACCAAUGCCAGGGUUAAACUUCUUCCGUGACGUUCCUGACUUCAGAGUGCUGGCCUGUGGUGGGGAUGGAACUGUGGGCUGGAUCCUGGACUGCAUAGAAAAGGCCAAUGUAGUCAAGCAUCCUCCAGUUGCUAUCCUGCCUCUGGGGACCGGCAAUGACCUAGCGAGAUGCCUGCGAUGGGGAGGAGGUUAUGAAGGUGAGAAUUUGAUGAAAAUCCUGAAAGGUAUUGAAAGCAGCACAGAAAUCAUGCUGGACAGAUGGAAGUUUGAAGUUGUACCGAAUGACAAGGAUGAGAAAGGAGACCCAGUGCCUUACAGCAUCAUCAAUAAUUACUUUUCCAUUGGCGUGGACGCCUCCAUUGCACAUAGAUUCCACAUCAUGAGAGAAAAACACCCAGAGAAAUUCAACAGUAGAAUGAAGAACAAAUUUUGGUAUUUUGAGUUUGGCACGUCUGAAACUUUCUCAGCCACCUGCAAGAAGCUACAUGAAUCUGUAGAAAUAGAAUGUGAUGGAGUACAGAUAGAUUUAAUGAACAUCUCCUUGGAAGGAAUUGCAAUCUUGAAUAUACCAAGCAUGCAUGGGGGAUCCAAUCUUUGGGGAGAGUCUAAGAAAAGAAGAAGCCAUCGACGGAUAGAGAAAAAGGGCUCUGAAAAAAGGACUACACUCACGGAUGCCAAAGAGUUGAAGUUUGCAAGUCAAGACCUGAGCGACCAGCUGCUGGAAGUGGUUGGCUUGGAAGGGGCCAUGGAGAUGGGGCAGAUAUACACAGGCCUGAAGAGUGCUGGCCGCCGGCUGGCCCAGUGCUCCUGUGUGGUCAUCAGGACUAGCAAGUCCCUGCCCAUGCAGAUCGAUGGGGAGCCAUGGAUGCAGACCCCAUGCACAAUAAAAAUUACGCACAAGAACCAAGCCCCAAUGUUGAUGGGCCCUCCUCCAAAAACCGGGUUAUUCUGCUCCCUGGUCAAAAGAACAAGAACCCGAAGCAAAGAAUAAUCCACCUCGUUUCAUUCUUAGAAAUCUGACUAGCGCAAUUGGGCCAUAGAACACUUGUGCUGAAAAUCUUUGAACCAUUUCAAGUCUCCUGCUCAUGCAAAAUCAUGGAAUUGGUUUAACAGUUUUGUUACUGAGCUGAUGUGAAACUCAGCUAUUAGAAAAUUUAUUGUCUCAGUUUCUAUAGGCAGUUUGCAUGAAGAAAGCAAAAGUUUACAUGAAGUGAUACUGCAUAUUUUUGUUGCAUGCAUUCGCAUAGAUUUUCAUGUCUCCCACCAACAUCUUACCCAGUUCCCAUUUACUAAACUGUGAGAAAAACCUGGGAAACAUAAAAAAGGAAAUACCAUGGGAAAUGUGAUUCUCAGUGUGAUUCCAAUUAUAAAUAAGCACUAAUCAGUAAUGCUACAAUGAUCAUGAUGGCCGAUUGCUAUACUUUUCCCUUUAAGAAUCAGUCUAUCAAUGGUCUUUGAUCUUUGACUCGAGGAUGAACUUUUAACUCAAAGGUUUUAUUAAACAGUUGUGUACAAUACAUUGCCAUAUAUGAAUAGUUUUUUUUCAACAUCUAGAUUCCUUUGAGUAGAAAUUUAAAUCCCAGAUAGAAGACUGUACUGUGUUGAAAAAUAGAAAUGGUUUUUAUUUUGUCAAGUUUGGUUUUUAAUUCCAAAAAAUUAGUGAAAAUAUGUUACUUGGCAGUUAAGUGUGAUGUAAGACAAGCCUUAUUCCGUUUUGCAUGAGGAUUUAGAAGGAAAUUCACAAUCAUGCCAGUAACCAAAUAGAUGUUUUAAACUAUGUGCCUAAUUAAUAUGUUUCUCACCAAAGAUUCAGAAAAAGAUGCUUGAGAGAAAUGGGUUAACGUAUGUCUAAUUAGUAUCGUGGAAAAGAUGUGUGAAUCUUAUGGUUAAUUUUGUGACAAUUAAAAUGCUGGAAGACAUUUACCUAUUUAUUAUAAUUCUCACAUAUCACAGAAAAUGAUUCAUACAACACAAUCCAAACUCAGUAGCUGAUUGCUUGGAAAUGUGAUCCUCUUAAGUUGAGGUGUCUGUGAUUUUUAGUGUAUUGGUUAAAAAGUGUAUCUGAAGAAAGUAAAUGGUCCUAUCAGUUUCAUUCUAGUAUAAAUUAGUACCUGCAAUAAUUUGGAGUUUAGUGAGGGAAACCAUGCAUGAAGUUAUCCCUACUGUUCACCUACUCCUCUCCCAUUUCUAUGACCUUUUGAAUGUUUAUUUUAAAAUACAGAUGAUAUGGCCUAGACCACUGUUUAAAGUGUUUAUGGCAUGGUUGGAAUCUCUGAUCAUAUAAAGAAAUCACAGAAUUACUACUUUUCCUAACAUUUCAUUAAGCCUAUGGUAUAAAAUGAAAUGCUUCUGAGAAGUCUUGGUAUUGUUUGUUCAUAUUUACCUGCAUCUCAUAAUUGCAUGUUUUGUUUUCAAACAUGCCAUAAGGAAAACAAGUGCUUGAAAUGCAUGAUUUAUUAGUUUUCCUCUCCACUCUGCAUUAAAGUGCCAAUGAUUUAUCAGUUCUAUUUUUCUAUUGAUUCUUUCAUCUUUGAAUAACAAAUAGCAUUUAGUGUUUCUGUUGAAUGCAAUCCUGUGCAUGGAUUUAUGGAUUUCAAGUGAAAUUGCUAUAAUUUUAGUUCUUUGGUUUGAAAACUCAACUGAAUGCUGUUAUAUAAAAUAGCUACUCUCAAGCAAUGUGCUGCAAUGGAAGAUCAUGUGUAAAGCAUAUUCUUUUAGUGUUCCAAGAACAUUGGAUGGAAAAUAUCAAUCAACAAUAACUUUAAUUGCUUUAAAAGUGAAAGCUUUUGAAUAAUAUUAAGACAUAAUUUAGCAUUCUCGGGGAAUUAUGAUUACAAUUGCUAAUUCAGUACAGCAAUCACUCAGUGUAGUACAAUGACAAUAAAUAAAAAGUGAUUUGGCAGAACACUAAUUCAGACUAAAAGAAAUCGCAAAACAGUAACAAGUGUAUUGCUGACAUAAUGUUACAUAACACAGGUUGAUUUUGUAUAUCUAUGGUUAGGCGGUAAAUAUUGUCACAUGAAUUGACAAAAUUCUCCACAAUGGACAGGGAGGCUUUGUGUCCAAAACAUAUUUUUAAGCCUCCAAUUAUUUGACAUUCAGUACAACAUGCAAGUAUUUCUUGGCUACCUUUAACAGUAUGUAGUUUGAAGGCAGCAACAAUUUGUGAAUCACGUUAGCAGUCUGUGCACUGGAAAGCAUUAGGAUAGAUGAUGAGAUGAGAAAAAUUAAGCAACCUGCCCGUACCACUUCAAUAAUUGAAAUAGCGGGAUGCAGCUUCACGUCAAUGUAGCUAUAUAACUAUAAUUAGUGCUAAUAGUAGUUACUCACAUCUUCAGUCACUUGGAUUCAUUGGUAUCACUAAUAAAUGUUCAAAUAUGAAUCAAAUUUGACUUUCCCCAGCUCAUUUUCUAAAGAUACUGACAUGCUUGCCCUUCAAGUAUACUACUCCCGGGAUUUGGAAAGUAGUUCUUAAGAAACUACUUUGAUAGUUUUGAAAUCAGAGAAGAUAUUCUUUCCUUUUUUUAUGACAGCUUCAUGUGAAGAAUAUAUAUUUUAAGGAAAUUUCUAAACGGAAAGUUCUAUGGCAUAUUAAAAUACUGAAUAAUGAAUGUUAGCUUUAUAAAAUGGAAACUUUUCUUCUAUGUGUGUGGGUGAGUGUUUAAGUUGUAGAAUUAACCUCUUUUAAAUAUAGUAGACCCAGUGAUAUAAAGUUUUAAGUGGAUGAAGAUCUUAAGUAUAAAUUAACACUGGACUAACUUAUGGGGGUCAGAGAAAAGGGACAAAAAGAUAUGUACUCUGCUAAACACUGCCAUAUACUGCUUGUGAAUAGACAUUUCAUUAUAAUAAACCUAGAUCCCCACACUAUGAAGACAUGGAAUGGAGAUCUCUAUGUAAAUCUCCAAAUUUUAAAGAUCAUAAUUGUAUUUACCCACUUUGAUGUCUAUAUAAUGCAUAUUUCAUAUGGAAAUUGCUGGUCAGUGUUCUGUGGUAGAAAGAAAUAAUCUCAUAGGAAAUAAAAAGGUAAUAUUGUAAAACAGUUUUAUUUUUUAAAAAAUUAUAUUGUGAUAGCAGAAUUUAAAAAAAGACAGAUAUUUAGAUAGUAUACUGCAGGAAGAAGUGAAUAUUCUGUGAGAAUUAAUAAAUUAUAUAUAUGUUUCCACAUUUUUUUCUAUUUUCCUUUUUAAAAGGAUGGGGAGCAAUUAUAAAAACAAAACGUUUUGAAUUUGAGAUUGUGUGCUGCUUGAAUGAAGCAAAAUUUUUAGAUUGUUACUUUUUGUGUUAGAGUUAAUUUGCUUAAUAUUAAUUACUAUGAAUUAUAAAAUGGAAAUGGAACUUUUGUAUCACAUGUGACACCCAAAGAAUUGUUCAAUACACACCAUAUGUUUUACAUUUAAAAGUCUAACCCUUGUAACAGACCUGAAGGCUGUAAAUUUAAGAAAAGAAAUUAAUAAAUACCUAUAAAAGAGCUUUAACUAAGGAAAAACGAAUAUAACCCCCUUAAAACAUCCACUUAAAUUUAUUCUAUUUAAAUAAAGUUGGAAGAAUCUCAUA